AUGGUUGACGCUGCUAUCGAGUAUGCCAAGACCCUUAACGUUUCAAAAGAUGGCAAGGACCUUUGGGUCUUUUACGUGGAUGAAGCCACUCUCUCUAAUGUUCCUUAUUAUGCUCGUCCUAUGGUCGGCUUUGGGGCAACAAAUGCCAACAUUGGUAAGAAGUUUGAGUCGUGGAUUAAUGAAGGAAAAUCACCAGCAGUGUCAGGCGUUCUUCGUCUGUAUCAAACGUUGUUAGACUUGGGUAUUAAACCAAUAUUUAUAACGGACACAAAAGAAGAAUUUAGACAAGUGAGAAUGGCCAACCAAAAGAAAGCUGGCUAUCAUUCAUGGGGAAGAAAUGAUACAAGAUAUUCAGUAUUUUUCGCUUCCAACAAAAACAAUUAG